GUGGCCGCCAUCUUGGUCGAGUUGGAGGUUCAUAAGUCCGUAAUAAAAAUCUACCGGGCACCGGUACUGUUCAGUUUUCGCCUAUAAAACCCCCAAGAACACCGAGAAGAAUAUAUCAAGAGACAUAAAAUGACACAGUUGUUACCGAUUAGGUUUCAGGAGCAUCUACAGCUCCAAAAUGUUGGCAUCAAUGCUGCCAACAUUGGCUUCAGCACUCUCACCAUGGAGUCUGACAAGUUCAUCUGUGUGCGUGAGAAGGUUGGAGAGACUGCGCAGGUGGUCAUUAUUGACAUGAACGACACAGCCAAUCCCGUCAGGCGCCCAAUCUCUGCCGAUUCAGCCAUUAUGAACCCUGCCAGCAAAGUCAUUGCAUUGAAAGCUGGCAAAACCCUACAGAUCUUCAACCUUGAGAUGAAGAGCAAGAUGAAGGCUCAUACGAUGACCGAUGACGUCACAUUCUGGAAAUGGAUCUCUGUCAACACCGUUGCAUUGGUGACAGAUAAUGCAUGCUACCACUGGAGCAUGGAAGGUGAUUCUCAGCCACUGAAGGUUUUUGACCGCCACUCCAGCCUCUCUGGCUGUCAAAUCAUCAACUACCGAACUGAUGGGAGCGGCCAGUGGCUCCUGCUGAUAGGUAUAUCAGCGCAGGUAGGGCAGGCUCAGCAAAAUCGUGUUGUAGGAGCGAUGCAGUUGUAUUCUGUUGAGCGCAAAGUGAGCCAGCCGAUUGAGGGACAUGCUGCAGCAUUCGGUGUUUUCAAAAUGAUCGGAAAUCAGUCGGAGUCGACACUGUUCUGCUUCGCUGUCAGAGGAGCACAAGGAGGAAAGCUCCAUAUUAUCGAGGUUGGCCAACCAGCCGCAGGUAACAGCCCAUAUCAGAAAAAGGCAGUGGACGUUUUCUUCCCGCCGGAGGCACAGAAUGAUUUCCCUGUUGCGAUGCAGAUGAGCCAAAAGCAUGAUGUGGUUUUCCUGAUCACAAAGUAUGGCUACAUCCAUCUCUACGAUAUCGAAUCUGGCACGUGCAUCUACAUGAACAGAAUCAGCGGUGACACCAUAUUCGUCACAGCUCCUCAUGAUGCCACAUCUGGAAUCAUUGGAGUCAAUAGGAAAGGACAGGUUCUGUCUGUGUGUGUAGAGGAGGACAAUAUCAUCCAGUACAUAACCAACACUCUCCAGAAUUCCGAUUUGGCAUUGCGUAUGGCAUCUCGUAACAAUCUGCCUGGUGCCGAGGAUCUCUUUGUCAGGAAAUUCAACAAUCUGUUCCAGAAUGGACAGUAUUCAGAGGCAGCAAAGGUGGCAGCUGGUGCUCCCAAGGGUAUUCUUCGUACUCCCCAGACAAUUCAGAGGUUCCAACAGGUUCCAGCUCAGCCUGGCCAGACGUCACCACUACUGCAGUACUUUGGUAUCCUGUUGGACCAGGGCCAGUUGAACAAAUAUGAAUCUCUGGAACUCUGCCGGCCGGUCCUUCAACAGGGCAGGAAGCAACUACUGGAGAAGUGGCUCAAGGAGGAGAAGCUGGAAUGUAGCGAAGAACUGGGUGACUUGGUCAAACAGGCCGACCCAACCCUUGCUCUGUCUGUUUACCUCCGCGCUAAUGUACCAAAUAAAGUCAUCCAAUGCUUUGCCGAGACUGGUCAAUUCCAGAAGAUUGUUCUGUAUGCCAAGAAAGUUGGCUACACUCCCGACUAUAUCUUCCUCCUGCGUAAUAUCAUGCGCAUCAAUCCAGACCAGGGGGCGCAGUUCGCCCAGAUGUUGGUAGCUGAUGAUGAACCAAUGGCAGAUAUCAAUCAGAUCGUGGAUGUGUUUAUGGAAUCAAACAUGGUGCAGCAAUGUACUUCAUUCCUACUGGAUGCCCUCAAGAACAACCGACCUUGCGACGCACCGCUGCAGACCAGGCUCCUAGAAAUGAACCUCAUGUCAGCACCGCAGGUUGCUGAUGCUAUUCUUGGCAAUCAGAUGUUUACUCAUUACGAUCGUGCCCACAUCGCCCAGCUCUGUGAGAAGGCUGGUCUUCUACAAAGGGCGUUGGAGCACUACACUGACUUGUACGACAUCAAGAGAGCUGUCGUCCACACCCAUUUACUCAAUCCAGAAUGGCUUGUCAAUUACUUUGGCUCGUUAUCUGUAGAGGAUUCUCUUGAAUGCCUCAAAGCAAUGUUGCAGGCCAACAUCAGACAGAACUUACAAGUGUGUGUACAGAUUGCCACCAAGUAUCAUGAGCAGUUGGGAACUACUCAACUUACUGAGAUUUUCGAAUCGUUCAAAAGUUACGAAGGACUUUUCUACUUCCUUGGCUCGAUUGUUAACUUCAGCCAGGAUCCUGAGGUUCACUUCAAAUACAUCCAGUCAGCAUGUAAGACUGGCCAGAUCAAGGAGGUGGAGAGAAUCUGCCGCGAGAGUAACUGUUACGAUCCACAGAGAGUGAAAAAUUUCCUCAAGGAAGCCAAGUUGACUGAUCAGCUUCCUCUGAUUAUUGUGUGCGACAGAUACGACUUCGUGCAUGAUCUUGUCCUCUACCUGUACAGAAACAACCUACAGAAGUACAUAGAGAUUUAUGUGCAGAAGGUGAACCCGUCGCGUCUGCCUGUUGUGAUUGGCGGCCUUCUGGAUGUCGACUGCACAGAAGAUGUAAUCAAACAGUUGAUCAUGGUGGUCAAGGGACAGUUCUCCACUGAUGAGCUGGUCGCUGAGGUAGAAAAGAGAAAUAGAUUGAAGUUGCUCUUGCCGUGGUUGGAAACUCGUAUCCAUGAAGGCUGCAAUGAACCAGCCACUCACAACGCCCUCGCCAAGAUCUAUAUCGACAGCAAUAACAACCCUGAGAGAUUCCUAAGAGAGAACAUGUACUAUGACAGCAAAGUGGUGGGAAAAUAUUGCGAGAAAAGAGAUCCUCAUCUUGCUUGUGUCGCUUAUGAGAGAGGUCUCUGUGACUUGGAGCUCAUUAACGUUUGCAACGAGAACUCGUUGUUCAAGAGUGAAGCUCGUUACCUGGUACGCAGGAGAGACCCUGACCUGUGGGCCAAUGUUCUGAAGGAAGACAACGAGUACAGGCGUCCUCUGAUUGACCAAGUGGUCCAGACCGCCCUCUCCGAGACCCAGGACCCCGAAGACAUAUCAGUCACUGUCAAGGCCUUCAUGACGGCAGACUUACCAAAUGAACUCAUCGAGCUCCUCGAGAAGAUCGUCUUGGAGAAUUCAGUCUUCAGUGAUCACAGUUCUGGUUCUGAUCUCGGCCAAAACAAGAAUCUUCAGAACUUGCUGAUUCUGACCGCAAUCAAGGCCGACCGCACACGAGUGAUGGAAUAUAUCAACAGGCUGGAUAACUACGACGCCCCGGAUAUAGCCAACAUUGCCAUCAGCAGCGAGCUGUAUGAAGAGGCUUUUGCUAUCUUCAAGAAGUUCGAAGUGAACACUUCAGCUAUCCAGGUGUUGAUCGAUCAUGUCAAUAAUCUAGACCGUGCGUACGAGUUUGCCGAGCGUUGCAACGAACCAGCCGUGUGGAGUCAGUUGGCUCGCGCCCAGUUGAACGGCAGUUUAGUCAAGGAGGCAAUUGAUUCUUAUAUCAAGGCUGACGACCCAUCGCAAUACAUGGAAGUGGUUGAUGUCGCCAGCAGGAACAAUAAUUGGGAAGAUCUAGUCAAAUACCUGCAGAUGGCUCGCAAGAAGGCCAGGGAAACCUUCAUUGAAACUGAACUGAUCUUUGCUUACGCCAAGACCAACAGAUUGGCCGACUUGGAAGAAUUUAUAUCUGGGCCUAAUCAUGCUAAUAUUACACAGGUGGCCGACCGUUGCUUUGACCAGAAAAUGUAUGACGCUGCCAAAUUAUUAUACAACAAUGUCUCCAACUUUGCCCGACUAGCCAUCACCCUGGUGCAUCUUGGCGAAUACCAAGGAGCUGUCGAUGGUGCUAGGAAAGCCAAUAGUACAAAAACGUGGAAGGAGGUUUGCUUCGCAUGUGUAGACAACGAAGAAUUCCGCCUGGCCCAGAUGUGUGGACUUCACAUAGUCGUCCAUGCCGAUGAAUUAGAAGAGCUUAUUAAUUAUUAUCAAGACAGAGGCUACUUUGAAGAACUCAUCCUCCUACUAGAAGCUGCCUUAGGUUUAGAAAGAGCCCACAUGGGCAUGUUCACAGAAUUAGCCAUCCUCUAUUCCAAAUAUAAACCACAAAAGAUGAGGGAGCACUUGGAGCUCUUCUGGUCGAGAGUCAACAUUCCAAAGGUCCUCCGCGCUGCUGAGCAGGCACACUUAUGGUCCGAAUUGGUGUUCCUCUACGACAAGUACGAAGAAUAUGACAACGCUAUAAUCACAAUGAUGAACCAUCCCACAGACGCAUGGAAAGAAAACCACUUCAAAGAUAUCAUCACGAAAGUUGCCAAUAUUGAGCUUUACUACAAAGCGCUGCAGUUCUAUCUCGACUUCAAGCCAUUGCUACUCAAUGACCUCUUGCUGGUGUUAACUCCACGGAUGGACCACACUCGUGCCGUCACAUUCUUCAUGAAGCUGAAUCAGAUUCCGCUUGUCAAGCCUUAUCUGCGCUCGGUGCAAAACAAUAAUAAUAAAGCUAUCAAUGAAGCAUUGAACAAUUUACUGAUUGAAGAAGAGGAUUAUCAGGGCUUACGGAGCAGCAUUGAUGGAUUCAAUAACUUCGACAAUAUUGCGCUGGCACAGAAGAUGGAGACACAUGAGUUAAUAGAAUUCCGUCGUAUUGCUGCCUACUUAUACAAGGGUAACAACAGAUGGAAACAAUCGGUGGAUCUGUGCAAAAGAGACAAGUUAUUCAAGGAUGCAAUGCAAUACGCGUGUGAAUCCCGGAAUAUCGAUAUCGCAGAGGAGCUCAUCGCAUGGUUCUUAGAUCAGAAGAAUCCCGAGUGUUUCGCCGCAUGUCUCUUUGCUUGUUACGAUCUAUUGAGGCCGGAUGUAAUCUUAGAACUUGCGUGGAGACAUAAUAUCAUGGACUUCACCAUGCCUUACAUGAUUCAAGUAAUGAGAGAAUACAUCUCAAAGGUGGACAAACUUGAACAGUCCGAAGCAAUCCGUUGUGAAGUAGAACAGAAAGCAGAGGAGAAGCCACUUGUUUUUGCUGAACCUCAGUUAAUGUUGACGCAAGGCCAAGGAAUGGCAGGGAUGCCAGCCGCCCCACCACAAGGAGGAUACCAAGUUCCACAACCUGGAUUCCAGGCACCUGGUGGAUUCGCUGGGCCAAUGCCAGGUUAUGGGGGCAUGUAAAUAUAGCAAAGGACUAGACAUCUCAUAAUGAAUCUUAUCAAUCGGGAGGCACCAGGUUGAAAGGAACAGAAUGCAGUUCUCAGGGAAUUCAUUGUUGGCGUAAACCCUUUUUUGCUGAGGCACUUGUGCGAUUGUUUUUCAAAUGGUUGCGAUAGAGCAAAGUAUUCCUUGCUUUUGUUUUGUUCCAUAAGAUCUUUUGAAGUUACAAAGACCUGCUGUUCAAAAAAUUGUUUAUUUUCAAGAAAUUUUCAUUUCUGGAUGCUUGUUUCUUGUGUGACAGCAGAAGGAUGAAAUAGAAUUAUUUCUUCGGACAAAAUUAUUCCAUGUAUGGGGUGAUAGAUGUUGGGUAGAAUGCUUUCAGUCAAUGAAUGUUUCAUCUUCUCACCCAGGAAAAGCUGGCCAUUUCCUUUCUGAUCGCCAAGAUCUGAGGAUAACUCGAGUGGAUGCAACCUGGUGGCUUGUGAUUGGUGGAAAACAAGCUGGAUAUUCUCUAGCAAUUCCAUUGAUUAUCAUAAAGAUAAAUGAGUCAUUCCUAUUGUCAUGGUAAAUAAAGACAGAAUAAAUUAUGUAUGAUUUAGCUCUCUAUACAGAUUGUGUUUACAUGUGCUGUAUUUGUGCUUUUCCUUCUCAUGACUGCCUUCAUGAAAUUGUGGAACAAGUCAGUUGUAGUUACAGUGAACGUUCGCUUUGCCACUUAUUUAAGAGUGAAACAUGACGAAAAGAUCACCCACCUUGGCUUGUUUAACUCAAAAGCACAUAAGAAUUCAAUAUCAUCCUUGGUAGUUGAUAGACUGUGUAUAAACCUUUUGCUUGGGUUGUGCUGUAGUUAACCUGGUGAUGAUUAGUGAUAUGAUUGGCUCGCUCCACGAUUUCCUGGCAGUCACAUCAGUGACUUAUUCAUAGUAUUCACCAUGUAGAUUUGGUCUUCAGCAGAUUGUUGUUACUUGUAGAUAGGGUACACUUAGAAUGUCAUAGAAAUAUUUGUGUACAAAAAGGGCCACAACCAAGAAGAAUCUGUUUGGAGAUAGUGUGUGAAGCGUUCCAUCGUGUUGUUACUAAGUUUGUAAUCUAGAUAUUUAUUGGAAAGAAACAGUUCAAUCACUCCAAGUCUUGUAUAGUGCCAGGUCAGAUCUUGCCAUGCUUGGUGCAUAGCAUGACCUAGUAUACUAUUGCUGAGACUGAGAGAACCAUGGUCUCCUGUAAAUUAUAUACUGGUUCUUGAACUGUUUCUUACAUUGUUACAAAGUAAAUAGAAACAUUGUAUUUUAAGACUGCAGGCAGCUUUCUUGGCAUCUUCUUCAAAUAUCGUGCCAGUAUUGUUGGAAAACUAGGAGGCCUGUCCAAUUGAAAUAUUCCUUGGUCAUGAUAUAGUACAGUAGGUUAUUAUGCUGAGCACAAUUUUGUUCAUAUUGACUAAGACAAUGUAGUACCAACCAGUGCUUGCUGAGAAAAACAAUGAAAGAGUGUAUGCUUGUAUUCUUGGUAUGAGUGAAUAAUCAUUGAUCAUUUGAAAAAGUUGUCAAAAAGUUGCGUGGGAGUCUUGAGUAUCCAUGAUUAGUGUCCCCGUAAUAGAUUGUGGUUUGACUUCUGAAAUCAAACAGAUUAUCGAUGACUGCUAUAGACAAAUAUGUGAAGGGCAUAACAUUAAAUGUCAACAUUGAUUUAGAGCAGAUGAUUACAUGAAACGGCAUAGAAUUCUAUUUACAACAACUGUCACUAAUUUGUAUCUAUUUUAAUAUGUUUAUUUUUAUGUUCACCUAACCAGUGGUUGUAUAAUGAAAUGUUGGUAUGAAAAAGCAGGGCUAAGACACAAUGAACGGGAAAGGGGAGCUUGUGGUAUUGGGGAGAGUUCAAACAACCUUACAUGCCUAAGGUGUGCAUGUGGACGGCUUUAAAAAUUUUGCAGGAAUCAAAAAGUAUAAAAUGUUCUGAGUGUUUUGCUGUAUUGAGCAUUGUAUAUCAUGCAUAUGAUCAAUUUCACAAUGUUUACUUGCUAUUUUAAUGAUGGGGACAUUUCACGGAUAUGGUACAAACAUGUACUUCUAUAGUUGAUUGUGUAAAUCUAUAGAAUUGAGUUUGGUUGUAAAAGUUGACCGGAAGUUGAUUGUGAAUGUAACUAGAGUGGAUGUAAAGUUGUCGUAGGCAGGUGUGUAGAUUGUACAUGUUCAGAUACAAGAUGAUACUGGUUUACGAGAUGUGAUAACACAUAGGAUAGAUUUGAAAACCCAUUGAGGCAAAGAGAGGAAUACAACACCAUGUGUUGAACACAUGAUGGAUUGCAUGAUUUAUUAAAAAAUUCUCCCAACUAAAAUAGUUGAAAUUCGGCCAGGAUAAGAUGAUCGAUUCCUCAUGGGAUGCUUCCUCUGCUCUACCCCGAGUCAUAAGGGUUUGAAGAUGUUGAUUUUCAGGUAGUUGCUGUUACCAUAUAUGAUGAUGAUUUGUUGUGUUUAUUUCUCUUUCAAGGAGAGAUUUUAUUUGUACAAAAGAGCUGCUCUUAACCCUGCAGGAUUAGGAGACAUUGGCAUAAUUUUGAAAAGGUCCAGCCAGUGUGCACGUCAUCUCAUGUUUGCUGAACAUGUAUACAUGGCUGUGUUCUCACCUGAUUGUUUCAUUGAUGUUUCUAGCCAAGUAAUUGGUUGAAAGUCGUGGAUAUAUCUGGCUUUUGCUAGCUGGGAAAUCUCCUGAUCCUGUGAUGGAUCGUGGUUCCUUGGAUAGGGCAGCAUAUUUUCAGAAAAAAAGAUGUUAUGUGAACAAAAAGGCUCUCCAUUUAAAAUCGGGCCAUUGCUAACAUGCUAGUAAUCUGUUCAUGUCAGUGUUCACUACAGCUGUUUAGGCUUGUUAAACUUUCGAAGAAACCGUUAUGACUUUUUUCCGGUAGUGAAGAAACUCGCCAAAUUACACCAAUCCCUGCUUGGUACUGGUCAUAUGCUGAACUAUCCACACGGACCUUUCUUGCAUUUCUGGAAUUAAACCCGGUUUUGUGAGACUAGCAUAAUUCAACUGAAAGUAGCUGCCUCCUUGCUUCAGUUGACAACCACUUUUGACACCUGAAUGCUGGUCUUUACUGUGUAUCAUAUAAAUCCAUUGUUGGUCUUGCUUAUAUCUUUGCUCUGUUUACUAAAGUUAUUUUUUGUCCUGUUCACUCACUCAUAACAGGACUGUUGGUGUAAAUAACAGCAGAACCUACUGUCGGUAAUGGAUGCAAGCUGCUACAAAUAUUUUAGCUGCACUGAUUUUGGUGUUGACAUUGACAUUGAAUCCAUCAUUUUGCCCUUGCAAAAAUUUUAGUGAGUUAUGAAAUUUGAAUCUUUUUCGAUUGUUUGCACCAUCAGUUCUGAAAUCCUUGAGAUUUAACCUUUAAUUUGAAAUAGCAGUCGAGAAUGUGGUAGUCUUUAUAAAUUCUCAUAUUCCUUUAGGUCUAUUGUAUGAAAGUGACUACAGAUUUAAUUAUGACUUAAAAUGUAUAUCGUGUGAAUAUUCUGAUGAUGGAAAGUGCCACACCACACAAUAAAUACAGAAGCCCCCAGGUAUGAUUGUAGUGAAGUAUAUAAAUCCAUGUAAAAUGAUCUGCAGGUUUAAAUAAAUAAUUCCUGUAUGGUUAA